AUGGACAUCACUCAAUCUUCCCGGGACUACUUCGCCAUGCCCUCGCCCUCACCCUCCGAUAAACUUAGCCUCGCCGCCUCCUCAACCGUCUACACCUACCACUGCCUCUGCACCCACCUUCUCCUGGCAACCAGCACACCUCUCCACGCCCUCCCCGCGCGUAAAAACUCCUGCGAUGGAGCACACAUCAUGCCCCUCCCGCCGCCACCCGCACCCACCACCAAGAGCCGCCGACCCUCGAACGAACCUGUCCCGGCGCCUACCGAUCACUACGGCCUGCUCCUCAGCACGCACCUCGAGAACGCGCCUAGCAUCGUGACCAGCGACUCGGGCUUCGAGAAGCGGUACCUGCAGCGGUGCGGCCGGUGCAAUCUUGUGGUCGGGUAUCAGCUCGAUUGGCAGCAGUUUGCGGGCGAUCGGGCGGGGCGGAAGGAGGAUCUCGUCUAUCUCCUGCCUGAAGGCUUCGUCACGACGAGUGAGAUGAUCAUGGGGAAGACGCCGCCGAAGAACGGGGGCAUGCAGGUGGUGGCUAUGGCGGAGAUCAAGACGUGA